AUGAUCGUCUUCCCCAUGGCUCCGAUCUUCACACCGAUGGACAGAAGUGCCUUCCCCGACUGCGGUUCCAUGAUAAGUCGGAUGUUUGACGGCAACGACUUCGACGGCACUUUCUUCGACGGUAUCGUACCUGUUGGACUCUUUCGGUGCCCGGAUGAUCGCCGCAGCUCUUAUAAGGCGUCCAGUUCAAAGUGUCCGGCCUCCGAGGUGUCCCUGACUCCGGACAACUUUGCGCUGAAACUGGACGUCCGGGGCUUCGUCCCCGAGGAGAUCAGCGUGAAGACCGUCGGAAACUCCGUCGAGGUGCACGCCAGGCACGAAGAGAAAGACCCCGAGGGACGUGGCUUCGUGAUGCGCGAGUUUCGACGCAAGUACACGCUUCCCGAUGACGUCGAUCCGGAAUCCGUGACGUCGCAACUCACAGGACGUGGCCUGUUGGCAGUCGAAGCCCUGAGGAAGAAGGCGGAGACGACACCACUGUCUGACACAGUCUCCAUCCCUGUGGAGCACACGUCUUCCAACGUCGUCCCUUCAACGUCGCAAGAAUCAAGUUAAGAAGAUACGGAGUUUUUAUUUUAAUUUAACG